GAAUGAAGGAUGAGAAUGCACACAUCCAUCCCCACACGAAGCAGAGCUCUCUCUACGCGUAAUGUACGGUAGCUAGCUUAGUCAAGCCCUGCAUGCAUGCAGCUGGUGAUCGGUCGUCUGGCUCGCGUCAGAGGCACCGCACCGCGUAUACACGUGCCCCCGUGUACAACCACCGCAUGCCAAACCGAGUCAGAGUGCCGAAUCCGUGUUCCAUCUCGUCUCGCUACUUGCCGACUCGGACCGAACCAUCAGCGUACCAUCUAUCUGCGCCUCAUUGCUCCAAGGCCAAGGCAAGACUCUUUCUUCAGAAUCAAGUCUCGGAGUGCGUUCAUGACUUGACUCGAGCGGCAAGUCAGAAUGGGCGUGAAACAUAUCGCCUAAUCGCAACCUUUUUUGGUGUCGACACCAAGCCAUGGAUCGAUCCCGGAGCUCGUCUGUCUGAAGCGACCUACCAGCCGGAGAGAGUGCCACAUCAUCCAUCCGUCAUCGCAAUGCGUCCUGCUCGCAGCACAGCAAAGGACCACACUACGUCCUCGCGUUCGCACUGCCCAUUUCGUUCGCUCAGCUCGCGUGACGAGUGAUUACGCUGCGCCUGAGGCGGAAUGAGAAUUACCAGUCGGUGACUCUUGCAUUCACCAACGUCAGACGAUACGCU